AUGGGCAAGCGCAGCAAGUCGACGCGCACGCCGGGCGCGGGGCGCAAGAAGGAGGUGCUUGACACCGUGUUCACAUGUCUGUUCUGCAGCCAGAAGGCCGUGUCGUGCAAGAUCGACGACGCGACGCGCAUCGGCUACCUGAGCUGCGGGCGCUGCGGUCAGAAGUUCCAGUGCCAGACGAACCCCAUCAUGGCGGCCAUCGACGUGUACUCCGAGUGGAUCGACGCCACGGAGGAGGUCAACACGGCCGACUGA